UAGAUAUCGUUUCUGCUGGAGAAGGCGAGUCUUAUAGUUCCUUCACAAUGGGCAGUCUUCCCUCAGAUGCAUCUGGACAACAGCAGCAUCGGGUCAUGGAGAAGUGUCCCUAGCUUUACCAACCCGUGUACGCGGAGAUAUCAGCUGUAUUUUCGGUGGAGAACAUUCGCUUAUCCGGUGUUUUGUCAGCGGGAUUGUCGAUUGUCUUUUAAGCGCACCGGCUCACACCAUCAGCUCCGCCCGAAGGCGCAGGGGCCCGUGAGAGCACCAGGGAGAAGAUGAAUAUCCAGGUUCUGCCAGAACACAAGCUCUCGUCGGUGGCCCCGCUGAAACAGUGCAAUGUGGAGAAAAAAGAAGUUGAACUGAUACUGGUGAAGGACCAGAAUGGCGUCCAGUACACCAGUUCCUCCAUCAUUCCCACCCCUGGCCACCUCGCAGGUCCUCCCGGAUCCACCGAGGACGAGCGAGAAACUUGGGGCAAGAAAAUAGACUUUCUCCUGUCGGUUAUUGGCUUCGCGGUUGACCUGGCCAAUGUUUGGAGAUUUCCUUACUUGUGCUACAAAAAUGGAGGAGGUGCAUUUUUGAUCCCAUACAUUCUUUUCUUGGUCAUUGCGGGGAUGCCAUUGUUCUACAUGGAACUUGCCUUGGGCCAAUACAACAGGGAAGGGGCGGCUACAGUUUGGAAAAUUUGCCCUAUCUUUAAAGGUGUGGGCUAUACUGUGAUCCUCAUAGCCCUGUAUGUUGGCUUCUACUACAAUGUCAUCAUUGCCUGGUCUCUCUACUACCUGUUCUCCUCCAUGACCAAUGAGCUGCCGUGGCUCAAAUGUGGCAACAUUUGGAACAGUGAGAACUGCACCGACCCCAAAACCCUCAACGGAUCUGUCCUCGGCAACGGAACAUCUUACGCCAAGUACAAGAUCACCCCGGCAGCUGAGUACUAUGAACGGGGUGUGCUACAUCUCCAUGAGAGUAGGGGUAUCCAGGACCUGGGCCUGCCUCGCUGGGAUUUGUCAUUGUGUCUCGUGGUGGUGGUCUUCAUCCUCUAUUUCAGCCUGUGGAAAGGUGUCAAGUCCUCAGGGAAGGUGGUGUACAUCACAGCUACCAUGCCCUACGUGGUACUUUUUGUUUUGUUGAUCCGAGGCAUAACUCUACCAGGGUCCUGGGACGGCAUCAAGGCCUACCUCCACAUAGACUUCAAGCGGCUCAACAAUCUAGAGGUGUGGAUUGAUGCUGCCACCCAGAUAUUCUACUCACUAGGAGCAGGAUUUGGGGUGCUCAUUGCUUUUGCCAGUUAUAACAAAUUUGACAACAACUGCUACAGGGACGCUCUCUUGACCAGCACUGUGAACUGUGUCACCAGUUUCUUCUCAGGGUUUGCCAUCUUCUCUGUGCUUGGUUACAUGGCUUACAAACAUGGGGUGAAAAUUGAAGAUGUGGCAACAGAGGGGGCAGGAUUGGUGUUUAUCAUUUACCCUGAGGCAAUUUCUACACUGCCUGGCUCAACAUUUUGGGCUAUUGUGUUCUUCAUCAUGUUGCUGACUCUGGGCAUUGACAGCUCGAUGGGUGGCAUGGAGGCAGUCAUCACAGGCCUAUCAGAUGACUUCAAGAUCCUCAAGAGACACAGGAAACUGUUCACCUUUGCCACUGCCUUUGGAACCUUUCUGGUUGCACUCUUCUGCAUUACUAAUGGUGGGAUCUACGUGCUGACCCUGUUAGAUAAGUACGCAGCAGGGACAUCUAUACUAUUUGCUGUGUUGAUCGAGGCCAUUGGAGUGUCAUGGUUUUACGGUGUGGACCGCUUCAGCGAAGAUAUCGAGCGAAUGAUGGGCUUCAAGCCAGGUCUUUACUGGAGGCUGUGCUGGAAAUUUGUCAGCCCCGCUUUUCUGCUGUUUGUUGUAAUAGCCAGUACUGUGACAUCGUCAGGCCUAAAGUAUGAUGAGUACGUCUUCCCUAAUUGGUCCAACGUAGUUGGCUGGAGUGUGGCCAUGUCCUCCAUGCUGUUUGUCCCCUGCUAUGCCAUAUAUAAAUUCUGCAGCGUACAAGGAACAUUCAAAGAGAGGAUAGCCUAUUGCAUUACCCCAGAACAUGAACAGCAUUUGGUGGCUGAGGGAAAUAUACGGCAGUUCACACUUAAGCAUUGGUUGGCCAUCUGAUGGCAAUCACCCAGAAUUCCCUCAUCCAUUCUCACAUCUGGUGUUUGGAGUUCCUGUGUGCCACCAGUGGUCGGACAGACAAGAAGAGCAACAGACUCCAACCUCUCUCAGCAGCUUGCCUCUUCUCCCUGUGCAUUUACUACCCAAGGCCUUUGUUGUCAACAGUAGCUUCAAGCACUUUGAUUUCAGAGUUAGGCCUGUUAACAUUUUGAAACCAUUCAACAGCUUAAUUGCUUAAGGGAGGGGCACCCCAUGGGGACAAUGUACUGUUAUUGGCCCAUGGACAUUUUUAUGUUUUUUAUAUACUAUUUGAAUUAAUCAUAACUUUACUUAUGUAUGUGAUGCGACCAUUAUCUCCUGGAAGGGACAUUAAGUUAUAGUAAAACCAAAACAAUCCCAUUAUCCUGUAUAUUAGUAUGCAGGGGAGCCAAAUAUAGUGUUAAAUAUUUCAAUUUUUAAACUUUUUUAGGUCAAUGAUAAUUUAUUAUUACAUCACUGUUAUAUUGGAAGAAAGUCUCUGGUCUUGCUGUUCUGUUGGCAUAGUGGCUUAUCUGUGUCAGUGCCUUAUCAAGCGAGACACUCCAUGUUUCUUACAGUCCGUACAGGAAGAAAUAAAAUCAACUGUGUUGACUCAGGAACCCACCAAAUCAAGCCACAGUUAGUGGAUGGCAAUCUCUUGAUUUGACCCAGUCCUUUGAUACAGAAGUCAAACAGCUGGAGGUCAACAGUGCAUCAAGGUCAAGCUCCUUAAAUUAUAUCAGGCCUGCUAUAACGCUUUUGUGUCACAUUCUGUUACAGAAAAGGGAAAAGUGCAUGUAUCACUCCAAAGCUUUAAAUGAACUGAGGCAGGCUUCAUUCACCUUAUACUUUGAAACGUCAGACUCACAACCAGGCCUUAAUCUCAAUGAAAGUCUAAGGCUGAACCUGGUCAGUGUCGGCUGCUUACUGAAGAUUCAGCAAAACAAAUGGCGCAACUGUUAUAGUUUUGUAUUAUUGUUGUGUAACUUUUACUUUGCAAAUGUUUGUCUGUUCAGUGCUUCUGAGGAAUAUAUGUGGCUUUUCCUCCAAAGAGACAGCAAGAGAAAGAGAGAGAGAGAGAGAG